AUGGAGGACACCUUUUCCCGAGUCUUGACUUUAACCUCCUUUAUAACCCGUAGGUUCAUUCAUUUCAUCGAGCAUAUUUUGUUAAGAGAUCUGAGUAGAUGUUUAGAAGAUCUGGGCAUAAUAUCUUGUGGGCAACAUCCUUCAAGUUGCAGCGAUGAUAAUUCUGUUUCCACGAGUUGUUCGUCUUCAACUCAUUGUAACUCCAGCGCAAGCUUAGGCAUUCAUGAAAGAAGAGCCUCAGAUCUGGAGCAUCAGUCAUUAGUAAAUUCAAAAGGAUUAGAAAUUGUUCAUAGAAGAUACAAUUAUGGGGUUGUCAACUUCAUUUUAAAAGGGUUGAUGCUUCCUAUAUCUUGUUUGAGAUUUGCUUGUCAGUUAGCAAUGGCAUCUUGUAGAUGUUAUUUUGGUUAUCUGAGAUGUGCACAAGCUCAAGUUCAGAGCAUUGUAUCUCGAGUGUGUAAAACUUUGCAUGGGUCUUCUGAUGAAAUUGGGUGGUUGCAAUGUGCUCCUGGAAUGGCUCCUGUGGAGGAUGGUUCAGUUAGAUUCUGGGAACUGCUACAAAGCAUUAUGAGUGGACAACACAUACUGCCUGAUUCUUUUGUUUAUCUGCUAAUUCCAGGGCUUUUUAGCAAUCAUGGUCCCUUAUAUUUUGUGAGCACCAAAAGGUUUUUCUCGAAGAUGGGUCUAGCUUGUCAUAUUGCUAAAAUCCACAGUGAGGCAUCAGUCGAACAAAAUGCAUUGGAACUAAAGCUGUACAUAGAGGAGCUAUACUGGGGGUCAGGAAAACGUGUAAUGCUGCUUGGUCACAGCAAAGGUGGUGUUGAUGCCGCAGCUGCUUUGUCAAUUUAUUUGCAUGAGUUAAAGGAUAAAGUUGGAGGAUUGGCAUUGGUGCAGAGUCCUUAUGGUGGUACACCUAUGGCGUCUGAUAUUCUUCGCGAAGGCCAAGUGGCUGACAAGGAAACCCGUAAAAUCAUGGAGUUUCUAAUAUGCAAACUGAUUAAGGGUGAUAUACGAUCACUGGAGGAUUUGACGUAUGAAAAACGAAAGGAAUUCAUACGAAAACAUAAACUUCCUGACGACAUUCCUCUCGUCUCAUUCCACUCUCAAGCGAAUAUUGCACCUGGUGUUAUUGCAACAAUGUCCCACAUUGCACAAGCAGAACUUCCCUGGCUUCCUUGUGCUGAAAAUGCUGUCCUAGCAGGGCGUAAGGUGCCCGUUAUAGUUCCUGUUUCUGCUGCCAUGACGCUCUGCGCAUUCCAUCUGCAACUAAGAUACGGGGAGAAGAGCGAUGGUCUUGUGACUUGCCGUGAUGCGGAAGUUCCAGGUUCAGUUGUGGUUAAACCGGACCGGAAACUCGAUCAUGCAUGGAUGGUGUACUCCUCUUGGAAGAGAGAACCUAGUGAACCGGAUGCCUGUGAAAUGUGUGAAGCCCUGCUGACCAUGCUUGUGGAACUAGGAACCCCAAGUCAGAAGGCGAAGCAAUCUACAAACUGUGUGUGA